UUUUAGUAAUGUAUUAUUAGUAUAUAACUAUUAUGAUUCACUGGUUUGAAUCACUGACAUCAUCUGAUCAAAACUGUGUAAAUACAAAAACAACUAAAAACCAACUGCAAGUAAAGUCAUUAAAGGGGACCUAUUAUGCAAAUUCAGUUUGCAUGGAGUUUGAACAUAAAUGUGUGUUGGCAGUGUGUGUACACAACCACCCUAUAAUGAUAAAUAUCCACCCACUGCUUUUUUAAAAUCCCUAUAGGUAAUAAGCAGUGUCUCCCAACGACCUGUUUUCAGCAUUGCUGCUAAAGUGACGUCACAUUAGCCACAGGCCCCGCCCACAACAUUUAACAGACACUGCCGUUUAUACAUAGAACCACCCUGAGUGAGUUCACAGCGAGCUGAACACAAUCCGCCAUUGCUGCACUGACGAGAAUGCCUCCCAAACGCUUUCGGUGUUCUGUAGCUGGAUGUAUGAAUCCACAUAGCUCUCUCCAUUUACUCCCGAAAUCGGAGCCGCUGAAGACGAGGUGGAUUAAUUUUGUUUUCAAAGAAAAUGCUCCCUCAACUCUACCGAAAUUUGUUUAUGUCUGCGCGAAUCAUUUUACGGACUGCUUUGUGAACGAGGGUCAGUACAAAGCAGGAUUUGCACAAAAGUUGCUCCUGAGGGAUGGAGCAGUGCCAACUGUUCGUGAUCCAGCUACACCUCCAGAAAAAGUGAUUUUUAGUACCGGACUGCCUUUUUCGAGAACCAAAUUAGCUCCUACUCUGGAGCAGGGUGUAACCAGCACAACUAGUACUACCUGUGAUGCCAGCACAUCAGAACAAAGCAGCCAAAAAAGGGACAUUGCUUGCCAGACAGACGCAAAACCUCUGACCAAAUCUGUUGGUACCCAGUUAUCAAUGAAGACGCUUCAUGCUCCCUACAGUAGUACAGGUGUCCAAAUGACAGAUCAUUUUUUGGACAUUGACAGUUCGUUUUCACCAGAAACUGGUGUAACAUUUAUGUCCUCUACACAUACAAAGAGGCCAUCAGAGAGACCUCGUGUAGAACUGGAGGAAGAGGAUGAUGAAGAAGCCCUAAUGGACACAUCAUCCACAGUAGCACCUGAAGAGCAAUGUUCUACAUUUGAUCGUGCAGAGAUGGACGCAACUUUAACAGAGACAGCAGACAUGUCUGCUCAAGCAUCUUGUCCCAUUCAUAAAAUCAGAAAAUAUAUAGUGUACGAAAAUUGCAUUAUGGAAUUGUUUGAGGUGUGCCCAGUUUGCAACCGGAGCUGUUCUGUGCGUUCUCAAAGGAUUGGAACUUUUGUACGAGUUGAACAACUCUGCCACAACUGUCAAUAUUCACGGAAAUGGAACAGCCAGCCAGUACUAGGCAGCACUCCAGCUGGGAACCUCCAUAUUUCUGCUGCGGUGUAUCUUUGCGGGGUUUCAUUCUACAAAUUAGAAAAAAUAUGCACUACUAUGAAUCUGCAGCUUUUUAAGCAUGACACCUUUCGGCACCAUUCCCGAUUGUAUGUUGAGCCAGCUAUAGUGUACAAGUGGAUGCACUGGCAGAAUGAGGUGCUACAUCGCCUGAGCAAAAGGGAAAGGGUGAUCGUUGGAGGUGACAUGAGGUCUGACGCACUAGGGCACCCUGCAAAGUUUGGAAGCUAUACCUUGAUGGACCUUCAGACCAACACCGUUGUGGACAUACAACUGGUUCAGAGUAACGAAGUGGGAGGAAGCUACCAUAUGGAAAAAGAAGGAUUACAGAGGAGCCUUGCCCUGAUGGAAGCUUAUGGUGUUACUCUGGAGUGUAUUGUAACUGACCGCCACCCACAAAUACAAAUAUUCCUCAGAGAACAUAACAUCAACCAGUUCUAUGAUGUCUGGCACGUCGAAAAAGGAAUUAUGAGGCAACUUGAAAACAUUUGCAAGUUGAAAGACUGUGAAAAAUUAAGGGAAUGGCUGAGAAGCAUUAAAAACCACAUUUACUGGACUGCAGCAUCUUCAACCACUGGACCAGAAAGAGUGGCUAAAUGGAGUUCAAUUUUGAACCAUGUCAGGGACAUACACACACAUGAUGAUCCAAACUUUCCUGCUUGUCUACAUCCUCAAAAGAGAAGCAGAGACAGAAACAAGUGGCUUGUUGCCGGAACUCAGGCAUUCUACAAGCUGGAGAAAGUCAUGACAAACAAGCAGAUUUUGAAUGAAGUCACCAAACUGAGUCCACAUCAACAAACUUCAUAUUUUGAGUCAUUUCAUAGCGUUAUUCUACGCUUUGCCCCCAAAAAUGUGGUGUUCCCCUUCCUUGGAAUGUUGUGCAGACUAUACCUGGCUGCAUUUUAUUACAAUGAAAAUGCUGGUCGUGCACAAGCAACAUCAUCAACAGGACAUCCACUAUUCAAAGUGAACUGUCCAAAGGCCAGGAAAGGACAAUGCACGGUCAAACAAGUGAAGACACCACCAACAUUCAGGUACUUGGGUGAUCUGCAGGACCUAAUAUUUGAGCAUGUUAUUGUUGACCCUGCUCCAUACAUUAAUGAGGUACUGAAGAUACCCAUACCACCAGACCUGUGCAGAGUAUGAGAGGCCAGACAAGAGGUCA